AUGCCGGAGCCGGCGCGUGGCCGCGGGGCGGUGGCCCUGGAGAUAGAUGAGUCUGAGGAGUUUGAGGACAUCACUGUGCUGCUGGAGGCGGAGCAGCGCCAGCUGCAGCACAGCUGGUGGGCCCGGCUGAAGAGCCGCCUUCCGGCGUGGAUGCGGCCCGGGGGGCAGCAGCAGUAUCGCUUCCACCGCCUUGUCGAGGAGGAGGAGGGGCCAGACAUCGACGCCGCCGCAGCGCCAGGCGACGGCAGCAGCAAAGCAGCCGGCAGCUGGCGCCGGCCGGCAGGCCGCUGGUGCCCCGAGGAGGCUGCGGGCCUCCUGUCUCGCCUCUCCUUUGCUUACGUGGGCGGCCUCAUCCACCUGGGAUACCGCAAAACCCUGAACCAGCAAGACCUAUGGGAUGUGGCGCCCUGCGACGCAGCCCACCCCGUCGCCGACUCCUUCCUCUGGCACCUCAGCGCGGCCGAGGGGGUGGUGUGGCGAGCCAUGUGGCGGGCGCACGGCCGCAAGUUCAUCAUUGCCGGGGUGGUGAAGCUGGCUCACGAUUGUGUGAUGUUCCUGGGCCCCUUCCUGCUGGAGGUCCUGCUCAAGCACCUGCAGGCGGGCGGCUCAGCCUGGGUGGGCCUGGGCCUGGCGUCUGCGCUGGCGGGGGCGAGCGUGGUGGAGACCAUCACAGUCAACCUGUACUUCCACCAGCUCUUCCGCAUCUGCCUGCACCUCAAGAUUGCGCUGGUGGACAUGCUGUACCGCAAGAGCCUGCGCAUCAGCGCCGCCGCCAAGGGCGAGCUCGGCGCCGGCAAGAUUGUCAACCUGCAGAGCAACGACGCAGCCAAGCUGUGGGCCAUCCCUCAGUACCUGCACAUGAUCUGGUGCGUUGGGCUGGGGAGCCGCCUGUGCCUGUACCUGCACCUGCACAGCGACCGCUGUCGAAGCUUGCUUGCCUGCGUCGGCUGCUUAGGGGUUGUGGCAGACCUUCAAAUCCUGGUUGUGAUGGGCCUGCUGGUGCGCGUCAUCCACCUGCUGCCCGCCCUGGCGGGGCUGGGCGUGUGCGUGGCGCUCAUCCCGCUGUCGGCGCUGGUGGGGCGCCAGCUGGGCGCCAUCCGCCGCCGCCUGGUGGCACACACCGACUCCCGGGUGAAGCUCUGCACCGAGAUCAUCACGGGAAUCAAGGCCAUCAAGCUGUACGCCUGGGAGCAGCCCUAUGUGGAGCGCAUCACCGCGCUGAGGGAGCAGGAGCUUCGCGAGAUCCGCAAGGCCAACCUGCUGUCCACAGUCAACAACCUAGUGUUUGGCGGCGGGCCCAUCCUCAUCUCCCUGGCCGCCUUCAUGACGUACUCGGCUCUGGGGUACCCGCUCACCGCCGCCGUCGCCUUCCCGGCACUCUCUCUCUUCAACCUGCUGCGUUUCCCAGUCAUGAUGUUUCCGCAGCAGGCAACGCAGAUCAUGAACCUCAUCAACGGCAAGGUGGCGCUGGAUCGCAUACAGACCUUCAUGCGGGCUGACGAGAUGCAGCAGGCGGCGCCGCAGCCUCCUGGGCUGGCGGGGCAGCCAGUCAUUGAGGUGGUGCGGGGCAGCUUCAGCUGGAAGCGCGACGCCGAGCCUUUGCUGCGCGACAUCAGCCUGGCAGUGCCCCACGGCGCUCUGGUCAUCGUGGUGGGCUCAGUGGGCUCCGGCAAGAGCAGCCUGCUGGCGGCGCUGCUGGGGGAGAUGGUGGUGGCGGUGGGUGGUACCGUGAUGGUGCGUGGCACCGUGGCGUACACGCAGCAGGAUCCCUGGAUACAGAAUGCGACCGUACGGGACAAUAUCCUCAUGGGAGCACCGCUGGAAGAAAGCAGGUACCGCCAUGUGCUGGAGGCCUGCGCUCUGCGGCCGGACCUCGAAAUGCUCGCGGCGGGGGACGAGACUGAGAUUGGGGAGAAGGGCGUGAACCUGAGCGGCGGGCAGAGGCACCGCGUUGCGUUGGCUCGAGCCUGCUACGCCUCCGCGGAUGUGUACCUGCUGGACGACCCGCUGUCUGCUGUGGAUGCCCAUGUCGGCCGCCACCUCUUCGACCGCUGCAUCUGCGGCCUGCUGGUCCAGGCCACGCGGGUAUUGGUCACCCACCAGCUGCAGUACCUGCCAGCUGCCGACCGGGUGCUGGUACUGCGGGACGGCCGCCUGGCGGAGCAGGGCAGCUACCAGGAGCUGGUGGCUCGAGGCGUCGACUUCCACCAGUUCCAGCACAGCGCCGAGGGCGAAGGCGAGGGCGCGGCGGACGGCGAGGGAGACAGCGCAGAGGAGCACGAGGUUCGCCGGGCUAACGGCAGCAGCGCCCCGGCGGUGCUGCGUGAGGGCAGCACGAGGGAUAGUGCCAUCGAGCUGCAAGUGCGGGAGCAGCAGGCCGAGCAGGGGGCCGAGGCAUCUGCUGCAGCAGAAGCCAGCGCCAGCCUGUGUGGGGCAGUGGAAAGCGGGGCUGUGUUCACAGACGUGCCGCUUCUGGACGCGCCUGCCGAUGCUGGCAGCAGCGCAGGGCCAGGCAGCGCGCCUGCAGGAGGCCCAGCAGAGGGCAGCAGCCAGCUGGAAGGAGAGACAGGGCAAGACGGGACGGUGGCGGUCCACUCCCCUAAUGGCAGCAGCCAGUUCAAGUACGUGCCCAAGCCUGUUCCCGUCAUGGCCCCCACCCGCAAGGACCUGAUCGCACCGCCCCAGCCGCCAGGCCGCCCUGCUACACCUGCCAGCGGCAAGCUCACCAAGGCCGAGGAGCGGGCUGUGGGGCGGGUGGACCGCGCCGUGUCGUGGAGCCCCUUCUUCCUGAUCCCCAUCGUGGUGCUGACGCUGGGCAUCACGGAGCGCGGCCUGCAGGCCGGCCAGAACUGGUGGCUGUCGGUGUGGAGCGAGGCGACGGCGGCCGCCGCGGCGGCCGACCCGCCCCAGGGCCUCAACACCACCUUCUACAUGAUGCUGUACUUUGGGCUGGGCUUCUCCUCGCUGGCCUUCCAGAUCGUCAAGGCAGUCAUGCUGGUGCUGGGCAGCGUCAGCGCUGCCCGUGUGCUGCAGGAGCGGCUGCUGUCCUGCGUGGUGCGCCUGCCCAUGGGCUUCUUCGACAGCCAGCCCACCGGCCGCCUGCUCAACCGCUUCACAAAGGACACGGGUGUGUCGUCGACCCGCUACAUUCGCUCCUCCCGCGAGAUCAAGCGCCUCGACAGCCUGGCCCUGUCCCCCAUCUUUGGGCACUUUGGGGAGACGCUGCAGGGCCUGGCCACCGUGCGCGCCUUCCGCCAGCAGGAGGCCUUUGAGGCGCGCAACUCGCGGCUGAUGGAUGAGAGCAACCGCGCCUACUGGCCCGCGCAGUGCAUCAACCGCUGGCUGUCUGUGCGCCUGGAGCUGCUGGGCAUCUCUGUGGUAUUUGGCGCGGCGGUGCUGGUGGCGGUGGCGGCGCCGCGCAACGCGGGCCUCGCCGGCCUCGCCCUCACCUCCGCCCUCAACCUCACGGGCCUCAUGAACUGGAUGGUGCGGCAGACGACGGAGCUGGAGGUCAACAUGAACAGCGUGGAGCGAAUGAUUGAGUACACUGCGGUGGAGCCAGAGGCGGCGGCCAUUGUGGAGGCCCGCCGCCCGCUGCCCGGCUGGCCGCACCAGGGUGCCAUAGAGGUGGAGCAGCUGGUGGUGCGGUACCGUCCGGAGCUGGAUCCGGUACUGCGAGGGGUCACCUUCUCUGUGCGGGGCCGAGAGAAGGUGGGCGUGGCCGGGCGCACGGGGUGCGGCAAGUCCACGCUCAUGCUGGCCCUCUUCCGAAUAGGGAGCCGUCGGCGGGCGCAUCGCGUGAUUGACUCCGUGGACACAUCCUCCAUCGGCCUGUUCGACCUGCGGUCCCGCCUGGCCCUGGUGCCGCAGGACCCGGUGGUGUUCAGCGGCUCCAUCCGAUCCAACCUGGACCCCUUCGGCGACGCGGGCGGCGACGACCGCAUCUGGGGGGCGCUGGCGCAGGCGGGCCUGGCCGACGCGGUGCGCGCGCUGCGCGGCGGCCUGGACGCGCCCGUGGCCGAGGGCGGCGGCAACCUCAGCGUGGGCCAGCGCCAGCUGCUGUGCAUGGCGCGGGCGCUGCUGCGGGCGGCGCGGGUGCUGGUGCUGGAUGAGGCCACCAGCAACGUGGACACAGCAACCGAUGCGCUCAUCCAGGCCACCAUCGCCACCGCCUUUGCCGACUGCACGGUGCUGACCAUCGCGCACCGCCUGCACACCAUCAUGGACAGCGACCGGGUGCUGGUGCUGCACGAGGGUCAGGUGCGCGAGUAUGACACGCCCAACAACCUGCUGGCGCAGCCCGACUCGGCCUUCCGCGGGAUGGUGGAGGAGACGGCCAGGCACAGCACCCGGCAGGGCAGCGGCGGCCUGGCGCCCACCCACUCUGCACAGGCGCUGGCAGAGGCGGUCAAGGGGCGCCUGCCGCCGCCGCGCCCCGAGGGCAAGACGGACUAG